AUGGGUCUCAAAAGAGUUGCGCCAGAGGCCGCCGGCCCAGAAUUCCAAUUUGAGGUGAAGGACCAAUGGAAGGCUCUUCGCGGACUAGUUGGCGAGAUCGACGACUCGAUCUCGCAGCUGGAGCCAGAACAGAAAAAGUACAAGAGCGAGGAGAAAGUGGUCAACAGCGACGAGGAGCUGGCAAAGGAGCCCGAAGAGGAGCGGGAAGACGAGUCUGAGUCCGACAAGGAGCACAAAGAGGCCUAG